AUGCUCCCCAUCAACGCCCCCAGCCAUAUCAAGGAGACUACCAAGUUUCCCGCAACCUUCGACUCUGCCCUAGAGUCCCGUAUUGCCCGCGUCCUGGACGAUGCAGGGGUUCCAAAUUUCAUGUGGGGGGAUAUGUACCUCGCCAUCAUAGGGUCGAGGACCGCAGCAUUUUACUAG